AUGCGCGAGCGGUGGAUGUUUAUAGCGUUCUGCAUCGGCGAGAAGACGGACAAGGAGAGGAGCGUGGCCAUCGAGGAAGAGUACAGGGCAAUGGCCAAUGCGCGGGAGCGGCUGGAGCGAGAGGCCGAGGCGAGGGCGGCGGAUCUUGCAGCUAGGAAGGGUGCGACGAUGCGUCGGAUGAUGGUGUCGCAGCUGUACUGCCCGGAAAAGGUGGAACGGGCGUUCGAGAGGGACUGGGCGAAGCUGUGCCAUCCGGUAAUGCAGCCUAUCGACAAGAUCACUGAGGACCUCGCAGAGCAGUCGAGCGUGAAAGAGGUGGUUCUGGCCCACUAUGUCACCCUCGUUGAGGUGUUCAAGCACUACGCCAGCAUCGGCUCUGCGUUGGCCACGGGAGAGAUAGACAUCAUGGAGUUCUCGGCGUUCCUGCACGACCUGCGCGGUUUCAGUUCCUCCAAGUCCCGCGACCUGGUCGAGAAAGCUUUCGGAGAAGCCAUCGGUGCCUGCAGGGGGGAAAAGGGACGGCAGACGGCGGGGGCAAUGGGGAUGAUUGAGUUCCUCUUCUGUAUUCUGCGCCUGGCUUGCGCUCGGCACAUCAACUCCUCCGGUGGAGGCUCGGCCGGAAACGUCGGCGGCGGCGGAGGUGGAGGCGGUGUUUCGGGGGAAUCGGGCAACAACUCGUCGAAGAUAAAAUGGGCUAGCAGCGUGGACCAAGCGGUGGAUCUUUUCAUGAAGAGCGUCAUGCUGCCGUUGGCACACCGCAAGGUCAUUGGCCUUCAGAUCAAAACGGCUCUCGACUCUGACGAUACGCUCGCGCUGUACCAUGACCAAGAUUCAAGGCUCAAGUCGGUGUUCGACUCGUACUGCAAGGCCAGCGACAGGCCAGGGGCUCCGGCCGCGCUCGGGGUCCUGCUCAACAUAGCCGAGUUUCGGAUGAUCCUGAGAGACUCCGGCCUCCUGGGGGGUAAUAACAAGGAGGACGAUGAGCUGACGGCCAAGGAGGCGAGACAGGCGUUCGCCGGAGCUCAGAAUGACCUCUGCGGGGGGGAUAGCUACGAAGCACCUCCCCCAGGCGCUGGGCCUCAGAUCGAACAGAUGACGUACCCCGAGUUCCUGGAAGGAAUCGCCAGGGUAGCCAUGCUCAAAUGGGAGGAUGCCUCCUCCUCUCCAAAGGCAAAGAUCGAGCGCGCCAUCAACGCCGUCACCUCGCUUCUCGACGACGGCGCCGCUAAACCUACCACCGACAGCUAA